AUGACCUCGUACGCCGGCUCGACCGCCUCGCGCCGGCGCGACCACCCGCACGCCUUCCAGCGCUUCCCGACCCCGACAGAGUGGAACGCCGCGGGCUCCACCGCCGCCGACGCCCGCGACCUCCUCCACCUGCGCGCGCGCAAGUCGUCCCUCGCGUCGCACCACUCGCACGACUCGCGCUCGCGCCACCCGCACCACCACCCGCAGGGCGCCCCGACGGCGUGGGACUCGGCGAGCGAGUCGGGCCUGUCGGUCCUCUCGGCGCUCCCGACGCGCGAGGACCGCGAGCGACGCGCGGCGCGCAAGGCGGCGCGGCGGGCGCAGCGCGAGCGCGACGCCGAGCAGGCGCAGAACCGCCAUGACGCGGCGAGGGCGGCCGACGCGACCGACUCGCCGCUGCGCAGGGCAGCGAGGUGGCUCGUCGAGCAGCCGGCGCUUGCGCGGUACAGCGUCGUCGUGUGCGUCGCCGUCGUCGUCUUGGUCAAGUGGUGCACGGGCCUCGGCGGCUACUCGGGCCUCGCGCAACCACCUUUACGCGGCGACUUUGAGGCGCAGCGACACUGGAUCGCCCUCACGUCGUCGUCACUGUCGCACCUCCCUUUCCUGCACGCCCCAUCCGCGCCCUCGUCCUCGGCGUCGAUCCCGCCCUCGCGCUGGUACUACCACGACCUCGCCUACUGGGGCCUCGACUACCCGCCCCUGACCGCGUACCACUCGCUCCUCCUCGGCCUCGUCGCCGCGUGGGACGCCCACAUGGCCGCCCUCGAGCGCGACGGCGCCAUGAAGAACUGGAUGCGCGCCACGGUCGUCGCAGGAGACGCACUCGUGUGGGUCAGCGCCGUCGCAGUGUACUGCGCGAGGAACUUUCGCGCGUCGACAAAGGCCGACAAGUCGCAGCGCAGGAUGCUCGUCGCCCUCAUGACCGUCCUCCUCCAGCCGGCCCUCAUCCUCAUCGACAGCGGUCACUUCCAGUACAACUCGAUCAUGCUCGGCCUGACGCUGUGGUCCGUCAACUGCUUCCAGGCAGGGCGAGACGUUCUCGGCGGCGUCCUCUUCAUGCUCAGCCUCGGGUUCAAGCAGAUGGCCCUGUACUACGCCCCGGCAGUGUUCGCCUACUUGCUCGGCAAGUGCUUCUGGCUCGGCGGCCGAGAAGGCACGUCGCUCUUCAUCAACCUCGCCCUCGCCGUCACGGCCACCUUCCUUGCCCUCUUUGCGCCCUUCCUCACCUCGCUGUCAACGUUCGGCCAGGCCCUGCACCGCAUCUUCCCCUUUGCGCGUGGCCUGUUCGAGGACAAGGUCGCCAACGUGUGGUGCGCGCUCAACGUCGUCGUCAAGCUGCGCGACCUCGUCCCGACGUCGACGCUCGCCAAGCUCGCCCUCGUCGCAACGGGCACGGCCCUCGUCCCGAGCGUCGGCGCCGUCCUGUGGGUCUCGUACCGUCUCGGCCGGGAGCGCGCCUCGGGCUCGGCGGCGGUGGGCGGGGCGGCGGCGCCGACGAUCGUCCUCGUGCCGCACGCGCUCUUCCUGUCGGCCAUGGCCUUCUUCCUCCUGAGCUUCCAGGUGCACGAGAAGAGCAUACUCUUGCCCCUUAUGCCCCUCACGCUCCUCAUGGGCGCGCGCGAGGUCGGGUAUGGCCGCAUGGACUGGGAGUGGGGCGCGCUCGUCAACAACGUCGCCGUCUUCAGCAUGUGGCCCCUCCUGCAGCGCGACGGCGUCGUGACGCAGUACCUCGCUUUGACCGCCCUGUGGAACUACGCGAUCGGUUACAACCCGCUCAAGCUGCGCGCCUCGUUCGUCAAGUACCUCUCCUGUACGACCUACGCCCUCAUCCUCGCCGUCCAUUCGCUCGAGGCGCUCGCCCCGCCCCCAGCCCACCUCCCCGACCUGUACCCGGUCGUCAACCUCUCGCUCUCGGCGGGCGUGUUUGGCCUUGCGUGGCUGUGGGCGGGCAAGCGGCUCCUCCAGGAGGCGUGGGCGCUCGGCGGCGUCGGCGGGUUCGGCGAGGGCGACGGGACGGGAGCGGUGGGACGGUCGGGUGUGCCGGGUGCGGCGAGCGCGAGGGCCAAGGACCGGUAG